AUGGCGGGCGUGGAGCAAGCCUCGUCGGGCGGCAGGGCGGUACAGGCGGCCGUGGAGGCACUGACCGAGCACCCGUCGCUCGGCAUCCAGACCUGCUGCUCGUGCAAGUUGGACGUCCCUCAGGGACAGUGCAGCCGCGUGCAGAAUGGCAGGGACCAGUUUCGGUGCACGAGUUGCAACCGCUUGAAGAGCCGCAUCCAGCGCCUCGGUGCGGCCAGCGAGCUCGACAUCCUGACUCCCGACGAGCGCGUUGGUUUCAUGCGCGAUGCGCACGCCGCUUUCGGGGCCGACCUCAUGAAGACGAUCCAAGAGACCGUCCAGCAGGCUGAGACUACUCGGGUCGUCGUGAAGACCGUGCAGGGCGGCGCAUACAUUGACUACGACGAGGCGGAAGAGAAGUACAAGAACAAGCCAAAGCAGUGGGAGAACAUUAAAAAACACGCCAAGAUGAUUCACUGCCCCGUGCGCGGCGUCGACAUGCUGCAGAUCCCAGAGUACAAAGACACGCAGGAGAACGAGCACGUCCGCGAGAGCAUCCGCAAGCGCAAGGCCGAGGUGGACAUCAAGUCGAAGAAGGCGCCCAAAAAGAAGGAGGUUGACGACGACGAGGAGGGCAAGGCCUCGGCGAAGAAAGCCCUCACUGGGCCCGUGAAGAAGAAGCUCGAGUCGCUCAAGCAGAGGAUCGGGCAGUGCAAGGUGAACGUCGCAGAGGCCCAGGCGAAAGGUAAAGCGCCCGACGCUGAGGGUGCCGUCCCAGGCCACUUCUUCACGAAGCUCACCAAGGUUGAGGCCGAGCUGACCUCCCUGCAGGGCAACGUUGAGAAGAUCAAGGCUUGCAACCAGGUCUCCAAGAACGAUAUGGCCGAGCUGACGAACACCAUCGACGAGACGAUCGAGCGCGCGGAGGCGAUCGCUGCCCGCAUCUUGAGCCUCGUGGAGGAGCACAAGGCUGACUGA